AGCUUACAGACAUGGCUGUAUAGCUGCGAACUAUGUCAGCUAACAACAACGCCAAGCCGGCCGUUAAAAAGACCCGGUUCCACAAGGAAAAAGAGGAACGGGAGGCUAGGAAGCGUCAGGAGGAUGCCGAGGCUGCUAAAAUCUACGAGCAAUUCGUCGCUUCAUUUGACGCCGGGGACGGCAACGGUAACGAUGGGAAGCGAUUCGUGCGAGCCAGGGAUGGUAGUCGGAGAGGCAGCAGUGGCAAGGGCCGGGCAGGCCUUGCAGAUGACGGCCCUUCCCACUACCAGCCGCAAAUGCCCGUCUCUCUGGCCUCGAAAGCGCCCUUGGCGCCCCUCCCUACGGCUGCCUUUCCUUCCCACACAAGCGCCACAGCGGCGGACUCCACGAGGACCACAUCCGCCAGUGGCUCCACCUUGGGGAACAGAAGCCAUGGCGGAGGAAGUAGCGGUCCCGCCCUCGUGCCUGGGCUGGCGUCGGCCAACUCGAAGAAAGGGCCGCGGCAAAUCGACGCCUUUUUGGAAGAACUCAAGCAAUCGCAGGAAUCUGGGGUGAGCAAGGAGGAGACCUGUCCACGGGAGGGUUCCUUGGAUGACGGGGACCCGCACACGACGAAUUUGCACGUGGGGAAUUUGUCUCCCUUGACCACAGAGGAGCGCUUGGAGGCGGUCUUUGGUCGCUUCGGACGCGUGUACUCGGUCAAAAUCAUGUGGCCACGCUCGGAGGAAGAGCGGGCACGUGGGAGGAACACGGGCUUUGUCUCCUUCUACACGCGCGCGGACGCGGAAGACGCCAAGGACCAGCUCCAGGAUUUCCUCUUGGACGACCAUCGGAUCGGGAUUGGCUGGAGUAAAGCCGUGAAAAAACUCGCGAACCUCUCCCCAUCGACGCUUGUGAGCCCAUCUGCCCUCCCGCCUGGUCUCAGCCUCCCUCCCAGCGCCCUGCACGCUGCCUCCGGCCCCGAGGAGGAGGGGAGGAGCCUGAAGGGAAGCGGACGGAGAGGAGGGGACGGGGGGUUGCCCGGAGCGGGCUUGACGACGGCUUUGCAAGCAGGGUCGGGUCCAGCCGGAGCGGAGGGGGAAGCGACAGGACGGCUUGUGGCAGCGGAUUCGGCAGCUGCGGGCCUAGAACAAGGCUCUUCAGUUCGGCCACCAACCUCGACUUCCUCGUCCGCGUCCUCCCCCCCUUCCUCCC